AGAAAAUAUUGACCCAACAAAGUGAGCUUCUAAAGAAGUUGGCCCCUAUUUCAUCCAUUUUCCGACACCAUGCAUGAAAAGAACAAUAAACUUCAUGAUGCUGCCCUGCUAAGAGGAAAUACAGCCCCAGUGAGAAGAAACAGUGUUUUUUACCUGCGGCAGAGCAGAACCGCUCUGACUGGAGCCAACAUGGAGUUGAUACCUAGUAGCUGUUUCCUCUGGCAUUAACUGUCUGUGUGUCAGAGACCUUUCCUCUAUGGCCAGUGAUAGCAGAAACAACAAAAUCCUGCUGGAUCUGGUGCAGCAGCCCGGAAACAACCUAUGUGCUGACUGUGCAGCUCCUGAGCCUGACUGGGCCUCGUACACCCUUGGCGUGUUUGUGUGCCUGAACUGUUCGGGCAUGCACCGCAACCUGUUCACUGUCAGCAAAGUGAAAUCCAUACGACUAGAUUACUGGGAGGAUUCAUUAGUGCAGUUCAUGAAAGAGAGGGGGAAUUCUGCUGCUAGAGCCAUUUUCGAGAAGUGUGUCCCAGCCUUCUAUUACAGACCACAGCAUCACGACUGCAUUGUUCUUAAGGAACAAUGGAUCCGUGCAAAGUAUGAAAGAAGGGAGUUCACUGGAGAAAAAAAUGAUUUUCUGCAAAAUUACACCUUAGAUUUGUUUGAAUCGACACUUUGGAAGAAGGGCAGAGACAACAAGCAGUAUCUCAGAAGAAUCUUUCUGUUGUCACAGAAGGAUUUCACCCUCAGAUACUUCACUAAAGAAGAUUCCAAGGUAGCAAAAGCAGUUAUCAGCAUGAAGGAUCUGAAUGCACAUUUCCAGCCAGAGAAGAUUGGUCAUGCUCAUGGGCUGCAGAUAUCCUAUCUGGAGGAUGAGCGUACCAGGAACCUGUUUGUUUACCAUGAGAAUGGGCAGGUCAUCGUGUCCUUCUUCAAUGCUAUUCGCGCCACACGCCUUGCGUACCUCCUAAAGAAACACCCCACUCUUCGGCAUACUGAUUUAAUACCUCAAAUAACGACACACUGCCUGAUGGAGGGUUAUAUGGAGAAAACCGGCCCAACGCAACGCGAGCCUUUCAAGAAGAGGUGGUUCACUCUGUGCUCAGUGACCAGGAAGCUUCUGUAUUUUAAAUCUCCUCUGGACGCCACAGAUCUGGGCGCUGUCUUCAUUGGAUCCCACGACCACGGCUACUCCGUGUCAGAGAGCAGCGGCCGGUGCACGAGGUCGGGCAGGUGGCGCUGCGGGAUCACGCUGGAAACACCGAGCAGGCAGUUUGUGUUCAUGUGUGAGCAGGAGCAGGAGAGGAGGCAGUGGAUGGAGGCCUUCAGAAAGGUCAUCCUACAGCCCAUGACCCCGGAGGAUUACGCUAAUGAAGCCACUUUGAGGAGAGGGAAAUGACUGGGACAUUUUCACUAAGUGACUGCAGGAGUUACUGCUACUGCUGAGCUGCUGUGGCUUCCUGAGACUGAUGUAGAUCAGAGGCAGCAUCUCUUUUGGUGUUUUAUUGGACUUAGUAAAAGAUGUUUGCAGUAUGCAUUACAUAUUUAAUGGAAGAAAAUGCUGUAUUUAUUGAAUUACUGACUUUAGAUUAAAAAAACAAUUAUAUAAUGAUCACUCCUAGGUUCAAACACCACAUUAACCAUGUUUUGUUGUAGAGUUUUUAUGUAACGUAAUUUGCACAUUUUUUAAAAUGACACUUUUCUUUUUUACUGUCUGUAAUAACUUUUGACCAAAGUGGAAUAAAUAUUCGAUUCCUUUAUAUCCUAAA